UUGAACUCUUUUUUCCCUAAUUAUCUCUUCAAUAUACCUUUUCUUUUUCUAAAUCUCCGCCAUUUCCAGCAAGUUUCUCGUAAUGCAACAUCUUUGAAUCGAAUACAUACACGACUACAAGAUCUUCCUACACCAUAUGAGAGCUAUACGGUCGCAACGUUACAAGCACAGAAACGAGAGGCAGAAGAGAAGGCUAAAGAAAACGAAGCUGUUGCCGAAUCUUCACCUUCAACGCAGAAGCUGUACACUCAUCAUGAUGCUCCUGCGCAGAGACCAGCUGCUUCCAAAAUGCAAGGUAUUGAAGCCAGUAUUGAUUUGAGAGAUGCCGAUCAAAUGUCGCUGCCAUUUAGCGAUUCGCAGAUACUGACCAAAAAGGAAUUAAAGCGAGUCAGGCAAGUGGCCAAGAAGAAUGCGGAUAUAUCCACUGAAGUUCCAAAAGACGAUGGGCCUUCAUAUAGUGUGAAACGAGUGAAGAAGGAAGAAGAGAAGAAAGAAGAGUCUGAUGUCAACGCUGGAACAUUCGACUACUCACAGUUUGAUGCAAACAUGUUUAAUAAACACCCUGGAGACACAGACGAAUCGUUUGAUCCAUUCAAUCAGAAAUUCCGCGUGGAGAACAGGAAGAACUUCCGCAGGCGAGGUCGGGGUGGCCAUCAUAGAAUGGGUACAAUGAGCAUAGGUUACAAACCUAAGACUAAGUAG